ACCACGUGGCCGCUCCACAAACCGGAAGUAAGCAAAGAUGUCUGCGCCCGAUGAAGACACGUUUGCCGAGGAAGGAGGCGAGAUGGAGGAGAUGCAGGAGGCUGGCAGCGACGAUGAUGAAGGAGUGGAGAUGGAGGAGGAAGGAGCGGACGGAGAAGGGGAGAAGAAAGUGUAUGUGCCCGGGAUCGAGCCGCUUCAGCCCGGAGAUGAGCUGGAGAUGGACCGGUCCGCGUACCGCAUGUACCACGAGUGUCAAACAGGUGCUCCGUGUCUGAGCUUCGACGUCCUGAGAGAUGGAGACGGAGACAACAGGGAGCAGUUUCCUCUGUCCAUGCUGCUCUGUGCGGGCACACAGGCGGACACAGCCAUGAGCAACAGACUUCUCGUCAUUCGCAUGCAUAACCUCCAUGGAACAGAGAAAGACAAAGAGGGGGAAGAGAGCAGCGAUGAAGAAAGUGAUGAGGAGGAAGAUGAGGAUAAGAAACCACAGAUGGAGCUGGCCAUGAUGCCUCACUAUGGAGGGAUUAACAGAGUCAGAGUGACUCAACGUGGAGAGCAGUCACUGGCUGCCGUCUGGUCAGAGAAGGGACAGGUAGAAAUAUUUGACCUCCGACCUCAGCUGGAAGCCGUGCACAGUUCUGCUGCUAUGGCUGCUUUCAUCAACCAGCAAAAGGAGGCCACGGCUCUCUUCAGCUUCUCAGGACACAUGACUGAAGGCUUUGCUGUCGAUUGGUCGCCUACAGUACCAGGUCGUCUUGUCAGCGGAGACUGCAAAAAGAACAUCCACGUGUGGGAGCCACGAGAGGGCGGGACUUCAUGGCAGAUCGACCAGCGACCUUUCAGCUCCCACAGCAAGUCUGUGGAGGAUCUGCAGUGGUCGCCCACUGAAGCUACAGUUUUUGCAUCGUGUUCGGUGGAUCAGUCUAUUCGUAUCUGGGAUAUCCGUGCCCCGCCCAAUUCAAUGCUUUCAGCCAAUGAAGCUCACUCAUCAGACAUCAACGUGAUCAGCUGGAACAGGAGCGAACCAUUCAUCCUGUCGGGAGGGGACGACGGGCUUCUGAAAGUGUGGGACCUCCGACAGUUUAAGACUGGGCGUCCUGUGGCCAACUUUAAGCAGCACAGCGCUCCCAUCACGUCUGUGGAGUGGAGCCCCGUGGACUCGAGCGUGUUCGCCGCCUCUGGAGCGGACGACGUUAUCAGCCAGUGGGAUCUGUCCGUGGAGUCAUGUGACGUGGGCGCCAGGGUGGAGGGAGUGAAGGACUUACCACCCCAACUGCUGUUCCUGCACCAGGGUCAGUCGGAGAUCAAGGAGAUCCACUGGCACCCGCAGAUACCUGGUGUGAUGAUCUCCACGGCUCUGUCUGGAUUCAACGUGUUCAGGACAAUAUCUGUGUAGUGUGUGUGUGUGUGUGUGUAUGAGUGAGAGAGAGAGAGAGAGAGAGAGAGACAUAUUUUUGCAUUUGCAUGAAAAGUACACUUUUAUCGUGUAAUGAGCAGGAAACUCUUAAUAUGUUUCAUUAGCGAGCUUGUAAUAAUGUACAUAACUCUGCUGUGUAGGUAAUAAUUCUUUUUUUUGACAUUUAUUGGCCCAUGCAGGCGCCAUAUGGUGUUAUAAUCUUUACUAUUAAACUCUCAGUCUGUAUGUUUUACAGAUGUGUGAACUAUUUUAGGCAUUUCCUAUUGCAUGCUUAAAAUAAAAUGUUAAAAACUGG